AUGGCUCUAAGGCCCUGUCCAUGCUCCAUGAUGAGCCAGGAAGAGCUGGUCAUCAAAACAGAUGCUUCACUGUACCCAGAGCCAUUCACCGCACGCUUCCUGGCGGGCAGCGAUCCCGAUUUCCUUGUGAUGCCUCAAGCUGGAGAGCUCCUCCCAGCAGGCACGGUGGGAACCCAUAUAACAGUGGGAUACAAGCCAAGGAUGUAUGGCAGGAAGCACACAGCGACGCUGGUCAUCGAGACACAAUCAAUGCAGUGGACAUAUGUAAUCAAUGGACUUCCUCCACAGACUGUACCACCUACAAUGGCAGCAAAAGUAGUUUGCACCAGCAGCUACAUGGGAUCAUCCACAGUCCGACAGCGCAAUUUUAUACGUGAAAAUCUGAAACUUAUAACCACUGGGGCGUCCUCACCAAUCAAAGGAGCACCUUUGGUCCUUAGGAAUAAACAGAGAAUGUUAUAAUCUGUUAGUUUUUUGGUGAGAGAACAAAUAAAUUGUGCAGAUAAAAAGAAAA